CUAUGACUAUAAGGACUGUAAAAACGUGGAAUUAUAACCAAAUUGGAAUUCACGUGUGUCGAUUCAAGAAAAAUUGGAAUAGCUCCACUAUUUAAAUUAAAUUUUCCUUUUCUAUUUUCUUUCACACAUUUUACUUGCCUAUUAUAUUUUCCUCUUUGUAUAAUUCUAAACAAUAAGUUUGAAAAAUGACGACUAAGCUGCCGUACAAAAUUGCGGACAUUUCUUUGGCCGAAUGGGGCAGGAAAGAAAUUACUUUAGCUGAAAAUGAGAUGCCUGGAUUAAUGGCUGUGCGCAAGAAAUAUGGAUCCCAAAAAAUUUUAAAGGGAGCUCGUAUUACCGGCUGUCUUCAUAUGACUAUACAGACUGCCGUACUUAUUGAAACAUUGAUCGAACUUGGUGCAGAGGUGCAAUGGUCUUCGUGUAAUAUAUUCAGUACACAAGAUCAUGCUGCUGCUGCGAUGGCAAAAAUUGGAGUGCCAGUUUAUGCUUGGAAAGGAGAAACCGACGAAGAAUAUUUAUGGUGUAUUGAACAGACAUUAAUAUUUCCGGAUGGAAAACCUUUUAAUUUAAUUCUUGAUGAUGGAGGUGAUUUGACUAAUCUUGUACAUAAUAAAUAUCCAGAAUACUUAGCUAAUUGUAAAGGUAUUUCUGAAGAAACGACAACUGGUGUACACAAUGCGUAUCGCAUGUUCAAAGAGAAAAAACUUAAAGUUCCUGUCAUUAAUGUUAAUGACUCUGUCACAAAGAGUAAAUUUGAUAAUUUAUAUGGAUGCCGCGAAUCACUUAUCGAUGGCAUUAAAAGAGCUACGGAUGUUAUGAUUGCUGGUAAAGUUUGCGUAGUUGCUGGUUACGGUGAUGUGGGAAAAGGUUGCGCUCAAAGUUUAAGAGCACUAGGAGGUCGUGUAGUCAUAACUGAAAUCGAUCCUAUAAAUGCUCUUCAAGCAGCUAUGGAGGGUUAUGAGAUAACAACUAUGGAUGAAGCCUCGAAAAGAGGUCAAAUAUACGUUACAACAACUGGAUGUAAAGACGUUAUAACAGGGGAUCAUUUUUUAAAUAUGCCAAAUGAUGCUAUAGUUUGUAAUAUAGGGCAUUUUGAUUGUGAAAUUGAAGUUACGUGGUUAGAAAAAAAUGCACUUGAAAAAAUAAACAUAAAGUCACAAGUUGAUCGUUAUAAAUUAAGUAAUGGAAGGCACUUAAUAGUUCUCGCGGAAGGGCGUUUGGUUAAUCUUGGUUGUGCAACUGGUCAUUCUAGUUUUGUAAUGAGUAAUUCUUUUACAAAUCAGACACUAGCACAAAUUGAAUUAUGGACAAAAUCUAACUCUUACUCAGUUGGUGUUCAUAUUCUACCUAAAAAGCUGGAUGAAGAAGUAGCAGCUUUACAUCUUGAUCAUUUGGGAGUGAAAUUAACAAAACUUACUCCAGCUCAAGCACAAUAUUUAGAUGUUCCUGUAGAAGGCCCCUUUAAAGCCGAUCAUUAUAGAUAUUAAUAUCUAACUAAACAACUCCAAUUUAUGAAUAAACUUAUAGGCUUUUUGAAUU